CUCCACAUCACUCCCCUCAUGCCAGCUUUCCUGCUCUCUGUGUUUCCGGCGCUUCUACUCUCGCCCUUUUAACAAAGACAGUAAUAACCGAAGACUCCCUUGUCUCAUUUGCCGUGUCGUGCUCAGCUCUCCAGUCCUCUGUUGUUAUUGCCAUUCCCCCUUCCAUCAUUUCCACCUCCACCCACACAGCUCCCCGCCGCCUGCUUCGUUCGGUCAACACGCCUCGCCACAGCUGCCUUGCUUCUUUCUUGCGUCGCUACAAGGCAACUCCUCUGCAAGUGAGAUCGCAAUCGCAACCGCAAUUGCUCUCGCGACACCAGAAUUCGGUCGCAACGAAGAAACCUACCCUCGUGCUGCGGUGUUUGCCGAACCGUCUUAGCCUUUAUUCCCUGUCCACAUUACAGCCUUGUCUGCUCUGCUUUCCCGGGCAGCCACGUAUAAAGCAUCUCGGGCUACGAGCUGGUCAAAGCAUCCCAGCCUUUGCUCCCUUGCCAUCGCCCAUUCCGCAAUCCCGCUCGUCCUUCAUCAUCCCGCCCGCGAUCCUCUGAAACCUAUCCAUCCAUCUCCGGCGUUCGCAACCACCGCAAGACUGUUGUCCGCGAGAUUGCUUGCGACCUCAACCUCUCCAUACCACCUAUCCUACAUCUGGUGAUCCCUAGUGCUUCCAGGCGCCAAAGAUCUACCUUCCGACGCCCCGUGUUAAAUUACAGACGCUCUGGUCCCUUGCGACCUUUCGAUCUCCAUCCGACCUUUGCUCGCGAAUUAUAAAAUAAAGUUCGGGGACAAAACACUUCUGGAUCCUUUUUCUCAGUUUCACUCUCAAUUCAGCUCGACACACCUCACAAGAUUCAUCUGUUGGGAUCAACGUCACCACAAUGUCGAGCACAGGUUUCACCAGCCCUUUUGGGAACGCAAACCCGUUUGGCAGUUCAGGCAGAUCUGAGUCUGGGCCAAUGCAUAGGCUGGUUGAGGAAGACGAGAAUGAUACUAUUACUUCGCCUACAACUCCCCAUUUCGGCGUCAAGAACAACGCUGCGCCCGCUUUCUGGAACGGCUUUGGUGGCGAUGCUCCGUCAGACAUGCCCGUCCGGCGCCAACCUGAUGACUUCCCUGCUCACUACAACUUGGGUCGCCGGACCUCCGUUUCGGCAGAAUCCCUGAAACCAGUCACGGAUAACUCCGACAACUGGUCACCUCCUGUUCAUCCAAAGACAGCAGAGCAACUUGAGCGUUUGAAGAAAGCCAUCAGCGGCAACUUUCUUUUCAACCACCUUGAGGACGACCAGAGUGCCCAAGUAUUGGGUGCUUUGGUAGAGAAGCCGGUGCCUGCCAAAGGAAUCAAGGUGAUCACUCAAGGCGAUGCCGGUGAUUAUUUCUAUGUGGUAGAGAAGGGAAGAUUCGAGGUUUAUGUCAACAGCACCGGCGCUCUUCAACCCGGCCCAGACGGCAUGGGACAGAAGGUUGGCGAGAUAGCGGAGGGUGGCUCUUUUGGCGAGCUUGCCCUCAUGUACAACGCACCCCGUGCUGCUACUGUUGUCUCUGCUGAGCCCCAGUGCACACUAUGGGCGCUUGAUCGUGUCACCUUCCGACGAAUUCUCAUGGAAUCGACCUUUUCUCGUCGUCGGAUGUACGAGAGCUUUCUCGAAGAAGUGCCCAUCCUCAAGACCCUCACGCCAUAUGAGCGGUCCAAGAUUGCGGAUGCUCUCGAAAGCCAGAAGUACCCGGCUGGCCAUGAGAUCAUUCUUGAGGGUGACCCCGGCCACUCCUUCUUCCUGUUAGAGGCUGGCGAGGCGGCAGCGUUCAAGCGAGGAAACGAUUCUCCAGUUAAGAACUACAAGAAGGGUGAUUUCUUCGGUGAGCUUGCGCUGCUGAAUGAUGCCCCUCGCGCGGCCAGCGUCAUCAGCCAAACUGAGGUCAAGGUUGCCAGGCUUGGCAAGAAUGCUUUUCAAAGGUUGCUUGGUCCGAUUGAAAGCAUUUUGCGGAGGACUAGGUACGUCGAAGCGGAAGAGGUGGAUCCUUUGCAGGUGUCUUGAGGAGACCAGAGUGCAAAUUGAAUUGUUAUAGACUAAAAUGGCUUUCUUUAUCACUGUUGGGUAAGGUCCGUUCUUUGGCCUGGGUUUGGGGUUCAAGACUUGCACACAGAAGUAGUUAGUAGUUGUUGUCGAUGUUAGCUUUAUUGCUGGUUAGGAAAGGCGUCUACUAGGUUCUAGUACAACAUAUACUGAUAUCAUUCAAUGUCGCCCAUUUGUUCCCAGAACCGCGAAACGCAGGCUGUAGACUGGUCUUCCACCUGCUCGAUACCAUCUGGGUCUCUAUUACCGAGUUUCAUUGUGCUUAUUGUGUUGUUUUGGUGUUGCCUCCCCUCUCAUCCAUUGUCUAUCCCUCGGGGGAUUCUUUGCAAAUUAGGUACCUAGCAGUUCAUUCCAUGGUCCUUGUCGAGCUCAUUCGUCGCCUAUCGUGACACGCCCUCCUCUGAUGCAGAUUGAUGCUUCACUGAGCCUUUCUUUCCCCCAUGUGUCUAUACAGCCAGACACUUCGUACCUUGCCUGUAAACCCAGGACAAAACCAAAGCCACAAAAUCUCCUCUCCAUCUUGAAUUACCACCCCCUACUCCAUCCCCCUCCUAACCUCCAAAACCUGCCUUCUCAACCCCUCCACAGCCGCUUCCGUCUCCAACACCCUACCCACGCCCUUCUUCCACGUAUCCUCCAGUCCCAAGAUCUCCGGUCCAACCUCGUCCUGCGCCUGCUUCCGCUGCAGCGUUACCAGAUCAAUCUCCCUCUUCGCCUCCGCCAAUUCCUUUUCUAUAGCCUUCAGCUCCCCCUCUAGCUGCCAGUUGCCAAUCAGCCACGCGUUCUUGCCGUACGCGUCCAGCAAAGCUAGGUGCGCUCGCCGCUGCGCAACGUAGGCGUGGUCCGUGUAGGCUUUCCCAAGUAAAGAAGAAAGAAGGGUGGUGGCUUCGGAGCUGUCCAUUCCUGCAAGUUCGGAGGCGGAGGGGAUCUCGGGGAGGGAGGAGUAGCGGGCUAGGUCGAGGGCGGAGAGUUUUGGUGGCGGGGCUUGUUGUGUACCGUCGGGGUUGGCGGCUUGGACGUGGUGGGAGGCGAUGCGGUCGAAUUCGGAUUCGAGGAGGGGGGUGAUGUGGGACGAGGGCGUGAGUGGAGGGGGG